AACCGUUGGGCAGCCCUGUGCCAGUGGUGGAAAUUCAACAUUCCUAUGGCGGGGGCGGAGUGGAAAUAAUCGUAUUUGUUUCUGUCAAUGGGGAGACCAGGCCUAGUCACGCGCAACGUCCAAGCGAUGUCGCUUUCACUGCGAGUAACGCGUUUGGAGUUGGGGCGCGCGCGUUCAGCGCCCGCGCACCACACAGACACACACACACACACGCGCGCGUGUGUCUGUUUCGCGUUGUAUUUAUUCUGUUGCCAGAAUAGGCCGCUGUGUUUGUGCAACGGGCGUGAGAGCUGAUCGCAGGCGCGGGGGCCGAGCUUUGUUCCCGGCUCUGGGCGGUCGCGGCCCGCGUUGGUGUUUCCCUUUGUCUCGCUUCAUCCGCGCGCGACCCGCACGGCAGCGCUGGCAUUUUUUCGUUUCAUUCGAGCCGUCAGACGAAAAUACCGCUGAGCGCGAUCGGCGUCCGAGCGCCGCGGAUUAGCGAGCAAAUCUAUAAAUGUGGAGGCCCUCGGGCCGAUUGCGCUUUUCUCACGCUGGCUGGGAUGCCCGGCCACCUGACACGACCUGAGCAUGUCCCAACCCAGCGGGGUCGGGGUACCGCGCGGGGAUGACCGGCACCGAGGAGCCGCGUCCCCUCCGCGCCGCGGUCUCGCCGAACGACAGGAGGUCACCGCCUCCAUAGGGGCGCGUGACCCGGCUCGGAGGGACGACGGCCUCGGGCGUUGGGGAGCCGGCUCGCUGGCUCGUUUCGAGCCAUCCGCCCUGCACAGCCGCCUCUCUCCGCCGCCGCAGUCGCAGUCAGCCCACUUCGACGCCGACGCGGCCGAAGUGGACGAAGUGCGCGAGCUGAGCGCACACCUGGGCGGCUUCAUCGGCCGAGCGCGCGCGCUGGAGCAACGCAGCCUCGUGCUGCGACAGCAGCUGGAGAAGGCGCGGCGCCUCGCGCAGCUGUCGGGGCCUGAGGACGUCUACUCCGAGUGCCUCGGGCUCACGGAGCAGAGGCUGGACGACCUGAAGGCAGAGGAGCGGCGCCUGCGACGCGAGCUGGAGGCGGCGCGCGGGGAGGAGACGGAUUACAAGAGCCGGUGGAAAAGUGAGAGCGACAACCUCCAGCGGCUGCGGGAAGACCUGGGGCGGCUGAGCCACGACGCGCACGAGGCGUUGUCCGCCCACCUCGCGCUGCAGAUCGAGACUCAGGCCCUGAUGGAGGACGUGGCGUUCACGCGGGACGCUCACAAACAGCACCUGUCCGAGCUCCGUGAGAGCGUGGAGCUCGUGGGGCAGAUGAUGUCCUCCAUUGAGGGGCUCUCCCCAGACGUCUGGGGGACCACGGAGGCCGGGCAGCUUCAGCACGAGAUGGGCACAGACUGCCAGGGGGGCGCUGGCGGGACUGGCGAAGUCCACCAGCAGCAGCAGGUGGCGGAGCUCCGCGUCCAGGUCGACUCCCUCUCCAGCCGGCAGAGGGCGCUCCAGGACGAGUGCCAGCAGCUAGAGCGCAAUCUGCGGGAGGCCGAGGGCGCCAGCGAAGCGGAGCUGAGCCGCGCCACCGCCAAGCUCCAGGCGCACCGGGUGGAGCUGGCCCAGGCGCUGGGGGCGCUGCGAUCGAACCGUGCCGAGAACGAGCGACUGUGGGCGAGCACGCGCGACCUGGAGACCGAGCUGACGCGCUACCGCCGCGCCAUCGAGAACGAGGACUCGCGCCUGCACUCGGUGAUCAUCGGCGCUGUGCCAGCGACGGUGCACACUCUGGAGCGUCGCUGCGUGCCCGAGCUGGUGUCACGAGAGCUGGGCCGCGGGGCACAGUCAGACUCAGACUCGGUGAUUGUGCGGGCCCGCGGUCGAAAACUGGCCGAGUCCACCUCCCCGAUGGAAGAUCCGUGCAGCGGCCACACCGCGCCGGGUGAAGACGUGUUUGAAACUGAAGGCCGCGGGAAAGAUCGCUCGGGGAAAACGGGAAUGGAAGCGUGGACUGGGCGUAAACGGAACGAGGAGGAGGGGGAGGACGACGAAGCAGGAGGUGACGUCCCAGACGGAUUGAGAUUCAGCAGGGCCUACAGCAAGGUGAAGGAUUUCAUCAGGGAGAAGAUUGGCUCCAGGGACGCAGAGGACUGUGUCUCCGAGACGAGCAGCAGCGAGGAAGACAUUGCGGUGUACACGAUGCCGAGCUCCGUGUGCGUCACCGGCCAUGGCAGCUGGCCCCAGCCCUCGUGCUACUACGAGCCGAGCCUCGGCCACGUUACGGUGGUGGAAGCGGAGGUUGAGGACGAGCAUCUGCAUCCUCUGCCAUCACUGGGACCCCUUCCUGCUCCUCCUCCUCCUCCUUCAGAUCCCUCACUUGACGGAGACACCCUCGUCCCUCUGGAUCCCAUGCUUAUGCCAGACCAUGUACCUCCGCAUCCACCUGCUCCUCCCUCCGUUCCAGAUACCGAGCAGAGCCGGGAAUCCAAGGAACCAGCGACGCCAGCACGGGAGGCCAGCGAGGAGAAAAAAUAUAAAGACGAAAAAGGGAAGGACAAAGGUCCAGAGCCCUCUCAUGACGCGGACAGGAAGAAAUGUGACGCAGACAAUGAAGCCAAAGAUGGAGACAAAACGUCCAUAGGCAAAACCCCUCCAUCUUCUCCACAGGAGACCCUGCACGACGAAGAGAAGACCAAGAGCGCAACGGAUCUGGGCAGCCGAGCCCUAGGAAGGCCCGGCGUGGCUGGCGAGUUCACGUCCUCCUCCAUCAGCUACGAGAAGCUGGAGGUGAUGGAGUCGACGGAGACGACGGUGGAUGACAAACGGCAGGACUACGAGGAGAAGUCUUUGGUCAUCGAGACGUCAGUGGAGAGGAAGGAGACAUUUUCUUCGCACUGAGCCACCUGGGUUUCGAUGCAACGCGGGGCGUGGCUCACCGCUGCGUGUUUUACUGAAGUUCAACCGAAACGAUCGGCCCCGUGAACAGGAUUUCCAGAGCGAUUCGGUUAAUGGCUUAAUCCACGCGUCAAGGUUUUUUUCUGGCGCCGUGCAGGUAUUUAGAUUUAGCUCACGGCGUGGUCAAGGGCGAACACAAUUCACGAAGCACGUGCUUGUGAAAUCACACACACAUACACACUCUCAAGCGCUGCAUCACCUACUCAUUUCAAGAGUUGACCAGUGCCGUUGAUUUCCGCAUUGUCUAUAGUCUCUACUACAAAAGCAACGCGCACGGUUGUGGUUUUCAUGAUGUGGUAGUUGGUGGAAUCCUUAGUAAAUAAAAAAAGCAGACUACCCCACGGUGUUGAGACAUAUACUGGUUGUGUUGGGAUGUGCAGGAGAGUGACCAGACUAAAUCCACUGUUGACACGAACACAAAAAUAACGUAAUAGACACAAACAAUAUCUAAUAGAACCGAGAAAAACAAAUACGGCGAAGAAAAUAAAAAAACAUAAUCUACUACUGCUAAAAAGCAGACAUUGACGUUUGUAUUAUACAGUUCGAAGAGUUAGGCACGAAUUUCAAUCCAUCCGUAAGUUGAACAAUAAAAACGAAUGAGGGCUGCAAUAGGGCUUCAGAGGUUGUGCCGAACGCUUAAAAUUUGCGCUUUUUUGGGGCCACGGCGUCAGCAGGCGCCGGCCGUGUUGCGGAGGAAAAAAAAAAUUGGAAUCUGCGGUACCCCGCGGUGCAACGCGCACGAUCGGACGGGAUCGGGGGCUCGCGUGGCCUGGUGAGCGAGGUCCCUUGGGCCCAGCUCUUGGGCCCAUCGCUGCCGGUCAGAGUUGUUUGGAGACGCAUUUCAGCGCUUCGUACAUCGCCGCGGUUGGGGGUGGAUGGUCACUCUCCUGCACAUCCCAACACAUCCAGUAUGUGGCUUUCAGCGCGUGGAAUAGAACUUCGAGCGGAAAAAAAAGGAUCCUUGCCGGGGUUGCCUUGGGUGUCGCCGCGUGUGUCUUUUAGGCGCAUGCCCGCACGAACACUUCAUUACGUUAAGGUCACAGCCGUCCACCCUCCCACCGUUCGAGACGAGUCUAGGUCCGUGAGUGCCAGGAUGACGACGUCACUUUGAUGUUCAGCCAUAAUAAUAAUAAUAAGAACAAUACUUUCAAGUGACCAUCAUGAGCACAAUUGUAGAACUCUCGUGACGUCAGUGCAGUGUGAUGUAUUGGAUUCUCGACAUUCACAUCGCAGUGACAUCAUCGAUACAUCGUCACUCCUGAAAUUCACUUUGAAGUCUUUAUUUGUCUUCUCAACAAACCAUCAAACUUGUGCCGGACAGCUCCGGCGUGUAGGCCACAAGCGAACUUGAGCCGUUCAAUGUUUUGGUUGGGCCUUCCCCAAACAUCGUGGUAUGGCAUGGCAAGCCAUCUCCGGCAAGACGCACCCGGCGAUCCGGUAGGUGACAGAGCCCGCAGAGUUGCGUCUCCCACUCCUUCCCGACGACGCGCAGCUGAGAAACCAACUCGUUUGUGCCACAGAAAUCACGUUCCAUCGUUCCCCAGCCAUCGUUCUCUCCGGGCAGCUAUAGCCACGCAUUCUGAGUUAAACCCUUGAUAUAAAAACUUUCAAAAACGUGUUAAACGGUUGCUCGGUUUGCUUCGAGUGUAGUUGUAACUCUUCCGUUCCGUCUGUUAGGUCCUGACUUCGUCCUCACCAAUGUUAGCGCUGGAGCCCAAUCCGCGACUCUAUACCUGGGUUACGCAGGGAGGGCACAACAUCCAUAAUCGAGGUUUUUUUUUGGGUGACUAGUGACGAAUUGGCACGAUCUGAUUACGUGACAACCCUUACUAGUUGGCUGUGUCGGGCGGUGGCGGGUUUAACGACACAUUUAUAAAUUUACGCGAUCUAACCCCCCCAAAACCCCUCUAUCAUGGAUGAUAUUGGUCGCGAAAUCCUACCACGUGUUGAACGGAGCACAACAUGCUGCGUGGACCAACGUUCUUUAACACAACAGACACUGGCACGCUCCCCCCACGCACAGUGACCCCAUUUGUUUUGAUUACGGAGGCAUGACCAAGCCCUCCCCCCAUACCGUGGGGGCUGGAGCCCUACCCCGAACGUUGACCGAGAAGAUGGCCAGGAAUCAGCUCGUGCGCAGGUUUGUGAGGUGGAUCACAAUGACAUCGUAAGUGACGGCGGCGGAUUGGCGAGGCCUUCAUGCAGCAGUGGAAUGACCAUGGCUGCUGCUGCUGAUUAUAACCGUUUUGCAUUUCGGUGUCAUCCACAAUGUAGCUUCUCGGCUGCCCUUACACGAACCUGCACACAUGCAAUACCCUUACUUCCUACGAACAGCAGACAGUGGCUUGAAUUGAAUGCGAACAAAGACAAAUAUUCCCCGUAUAGCCUCAACAGACUGUUGGGGCAAGUGCUGUUAGCGAGUAGCGUCUACGAAGGCCGGCACGGCACACGAGGGGGGUGGGUGGCCAGCAACCACGCCCGACCGCCUUUGUCUCCCCAGUCACGACGUUUUCCACACCUCACCAAGGACUCAUUUGAGGCCGAGUCGACCUAGGGGAGGCCCAGGACCCAUUCAGAUAAUCGCCACCGGUAUUGGCCGUGAGCGGGAAUCGAACUCGGGUGUCGGCGAGUUCGUAACGCAGCGUAGCGCUAACCGCUACACCACCGCUCCCCCACCCAAUGCGAACAACACCCACGGCUCGAGAGAGAUACGGCACACGUACAGCCGUCCACCGAGUACCCACGAGGAGCAACAGCUCCACGAGAGUCCAGCCGAGUGGCUUCCACGCUCACCGGCUCGUCCCUUGCCUCCGACUCUGGACGAAUCUCUGCGCCACGCGAGAUGACGAGGGGCAAAAAAAAUGUUCGCGGUGCCCAUUUCUUGAUGGCAAAUGAACCCAGUUGUGUUACAGAAUAAGGUUUUUUUUUUCCCGAGAAUAAAAAAAAGGUCACUUGCGUUUAAAAUUGAA